CUAUGGAAAGAUGGCAGCACAAUAUACAAACACCGAGACUCAUCACAUGCGUUGCUAACUUUUUACGUUGGGUUGUCGAUGUGUGUGUUGUUUAAUUAAAUUAAAAUAUGGGUAAAAAGAGGAAAUUAGGAUGUAAAGAAGACGAAUUCGAAUUUGAUCCAAUUCCUAAACAUUUGGUUGUAGCGCAUUUACGAAAUCAAGAGAAGCGUCUGAUAAUUAUUCUCGAAAAUGCACAACUGGAAAGUGUUAAAGUGGGAAAUUCAUUUCAGUUAUUAAAUUGUGACGAUCACGUGAGCAUACUGAAGAAAUACAAUCGUGACAUCGGUUCAUGUAGACCGGAUAUUGUUCAUCAGUGUCUUCUUAUGUUACUUGACAGUCCCCUCAAUAGAGCAGGCCUUCUUCAGGUUUAUAUACACACAGAAAAGAAUGUGUUAAUAGAAAUUAAUCCACAAACAAGAAUACCACGUACAUUUAAGAGAUUUGCUGGACUUAUUGUGCAGUUACUUCAUAAAUUCAGUGUCAGAGCAACAGAUGGACCAACAAAGCUCCUUAAAGUAAUUCGCAACCCAGUCACAGACCAUCUUCCAGUGGGUUGUCGCAAACUGGGCACCUCAUUUUCAGCACCUAAUGUCGUCAAUCCUAGAGAUUUAGUACCUAGUGACGAACCAGUCACUGUUGUUGUAGGUGCAGUAGCACAUGGCAAGGUUAACCCAGAAUAUGUCGAGAGCAACGUGUCAAUCAGCAACUACCCAUUGUCUGCGGCUCUCACGUGCACCAAACUGUGUUCUGGCUUUGAGGAAGCGUGGGGUGUUGUGUGAAUGAAUUGUCUGCUAAAAUACAUGUAUGUCCAUCAAGAUGUAAAAGCAUUUUAAAUAAAUUAAAGCCACCUUUAUCUUA